AGAAUCUCACAACUUCAAUCCUGACUAUCAACCUCCAAAACUGAACACAAUGGCGGACUCGGAACAGCAAAUCAAGAAAUACCGCGGCAACUGCCACUGCGGUGCCUUUGUCUUUGAGUUUGAAGCCCCCGAGAUCAAGUCAGGUGUGAUUUGCAACUGCAGUAUUUGCUACAAGAAGGGGUAUUUUGCUAUUACUCCGGGGGUUGAGCUGAAGAUUGUCAAGGAUGGGGGGACUAUCAAGCAGUAUCAGUUUGGGGAGAAGAAGUGGAAGCAUCAAUUCUGCAGCAAAUGCGGCACCGCAACCUACGGAACAUCCGAGUUCUUCGACCCCCCGAUGAACAUGGGCAUCAAUGCCCGCUGCAUCCAAAACCUCGACAUCUGGGCCCUCCAAGAGCGACACGUCGACAGCACAGCCCAUCCACCCCCUUACACCCCCCCUACCCACCCCGGCCCUCUCCCCUCCCCUCAGUCAAUCCCAGACAACCAAGGAACCCUCUACCACGGCUCCUGCCACUGCGGCGCCGUAACCGCCGCCCUCAAAGUCGACCACCCCUUCGAGAGCCAAUCCUACAAAGGCAUGCUAGCAGAGUGCAACUGCAGCCAUUGUAUCCGUGGCGGCUACGUCUGGGCCUACCCAACAAAAGACCAGCUUGUCAUUUCCGGGAGGGAAAACCUCACCUGGUAUGAAUUCAACCGAAAGAUUGUCCGCAAAGGGUCGUGUAAACACUGCGGGGUGUUGGUUCUUGCCGAGCCGGUGCCUAUCCAGGAAGGGGAGGAGGUUUCAGAGGAGAUGAGAAAGUUUAGGGAUGGGUUCAAGGAUAUUCGACCGGUUAAUUUGAGGGUGGUGAAUCAGGAUGAGUUGGAUGUGGAGGGGUUGAGACGGGGGGGGAGGGUGAGGCAGGCUAGGAGGGCGGGGGGGGGGGGAGUAUGUGAAUCCGUGAGCAUCAUAGAAGAGAGGGAAGAUGGUGGGUGAGAUGUCGUUAUGAUGAUGGCCGGUUGUGUUGUUUGCUUUUUGGGCUAUGGGAAGGUGCGAAUUUUGUGGGAGAGUACCCCAUAUGAGUAUUGUGUGAAUCUCAAUCUUCAACAGAUUUCGCCUUGAGAUUUACGUUGGUGGUGAGAAUCGCUUGGAAGGAUAUGCGUGUCACAACUGGUAUCGAAGUGGGUAUUCAACAUCAG